GGGGCGGGCGCGGCGCCCCGCGGGGCGGCAUGUCCAAGACGCUGCGGAAGAAGCGGCACUGGCUGAGCAAGGUGCAGGAGUGCGUGGUGUCCUGGGGCGGCUCGGCGGGCCCCGACCCCGACCUCCUGCGCGGCGGCGCCGAGCGCGGCGAGUUCCCGUACCUGGCGGGCCGGCUGUCGCCGGGCGGCGAGGGCGCGCCGGGCCCCGUGCUGCUCUCGGGCAAGGCGCCGGCGCCGGGCGACGUGCUGCUGGAGGUGAACGGCACCCCCGUCAGCGGCCUCACGCACCGCGACACGCUGGCCGUCGUCCGGCACUUCAGGGAGCCCGUGCGCCUCAAGACCGUGCGCCCAGGAAAAGUCAUCAACAAAGACUUGCGCCACUACUUGAGCCUUCAGUUCCAGAAGGGCUCGAUAGACCAUAAACUGCAGCAAGUGAUCAGAGACAAUCUCUACUUGAGAACCAUCCCUUGCACUACAAGGGCUCCCAGAGAUGGAGAGGUCCCUGGGGUAGACUAUAACUUCAUUCCCGUUGAGCAGUUUAAAGCACUGGAAGAAAGUGGAGCCUUGCUGGAAAGUGGGACAUAUGAUGGUAAUUUUUAUGGCACUCCGAAGCCUCCAGCAGAGCCCAGCCCCUUUCAGCCUGACCCGGUGGAUCAAGUUCUUUUUGACAAUGAUUUUGAUACUGAGUCACAGAGGAAAAGAACCACAUCUGUCAGCAAAAUGCAAAGGAUGGACAGUUCUCUCCCUGAAGAGGAGGAAGAGGAGGAAAAGGAAGCAGUUAAUGGCAGUGGAGGGAUAGAAAACAAAGAAAAACAUUCAGAUUCUCCUGACUGGAUGAAACCUGUUCCCAGCUACAACCAGACAAACAGCUCCAUGGAUUUCAGAAAUUACUUGUCAAGGGAUGAAACCCUGGAACCGCUGCCCAAGAACUGGGAGAUGGCCUACACCGACACGGGCAUGAUCUACUUCAUUGAUCACAACACCAAGACGACCACGUGGCUUGAUCCACGGCUCUGUAAGAAAGCCAAAGCUCCUGAAGAUUGUGAAGAUGGAGAACUUCCUUAUGGGUGGGAAAAAAUAGAAGAUCCUCAAUAUGGAACAUAUUAUGUUGAUCAUAUUAACCAGAAAACUCAGUUUGAAAACCCGGUAUUGGAAGCCAAAAGAAAAAAACAGCUAGCACAGACUGAUGUUGGCCCUACAAAAGCAGGACCAGAGAAGUCUGUCUUCACUAGAGAUCCAUCCCAGCUGACAGGAGCACUGAUACGGACAUCACUGAAAAAAAGUUCGAUGGGAUUUGGCUUCACAAUCAUUGGAGGGGACAGACCCGAUGAGUUUCUGCAGGUGAAGAAUGUGUUAAAAGAGGGACCUGCAGCCCAGGAUGGGAGAAUUGCACCAGGUGAUGUCAUUGUAGACAUAAAUGGAAGCUGUGUCCUUGGCCAUACCCAUGCAGAUGUUGUCCAGAUGUUUCAGCUAGUUCCUGUCAAUCAGUAUGUGAACAUGACUUUGUGUCGUGGUUAUCCUCUUCCUGAUGACAAUGAAGACCCUGUGGUAGAUAUAGUGACAGCUACACCUGUUAUCAACGGACCGCCCAUGACCAAGGGAGAUGUUUGUGUGAGCAGCCAGGAUUUAAUUGCAGGAACAGUCGUGCUGGACCAGAGUGGAAAAAUGGCCCCAAUGUUGGUCAAUGGCCGUUUGAACGGCCCUUCCGUGGAUACUGCUGAGCAGAGGAUCUCUCUUGCAUCUUCAGGAGGCUCUCAGCCAGAGCUGGUCACCAUUCCUCUAGUCAAAGGUCCUAAAGGCUUUGGGUUUGCCAUUGCAGACAGUCCUACAGGACAGAAGGUGAAAAUGAUUUUGGACAGCCAGUGGUGCCAAGGCCUUCAGAAAGGGGAUGUGAUCAAGGAGAUUUGCCAUCAGAACGUGCAGAGCUUGACACAUCUGCAGGUGGUGGAGGUACUGAAGCAGUUUCCAGUAGGAGCAGAGGUGCCACUGCUUAUCUUAAGAGGAGGUCCACCCUCACCUACUAAAACUGCCAAAGGGAAGGACAAGCAGGACAGCUCAGGUAGUUUGGAAGCUGUUGGAGAUCCCAUCCCACAGCCAAUGCCAUUCCCACCCGCUGCUGUACGACCAGGCUCUCCUAAACUAGAUCCUUCAGAAGUCUACCUGAAGUCUAAGACUAUGUAUGAGGACAAACCUCCAAACACAAGAGAUUUGGAUGUUUUCCUACGAAAACAAGAGUCAGGCUUUGGUUUCCGGGUGCUUGGAGGGGAUGGACCAGAUCAGCCUAUCUACAUCGGAGCCAUCAUCCCGCUGGGAGCAGCGGAAAGAGACGGCCGGCUCCGGGCUGCGGAUGAGCUGAUGUGCAUCGACGGGGUCCCUGUCAAGGGGAAGUCACACAAGCAAGUGCUGGACUUGAUGACCAGCGCUGCACGGAAUGGGCAGGUGCUGCUCACGGUCCGGAGGAAGAUCUUCUUUGGUGGGGAAAAGCAAGCGGAGGAGGAGGAGUCGCAGCCUGUCUUGGCACAGAAUGGCUCUCCCCGCCUGAAUCGGGUGGAGUUUGCACACCAGUCCCCAGAGGUCUAUGAUGUCCGUCUGCAGCGGAAGGAGAAUGAAGGAUUUGGCUUUGUCAUCCUCACCUCAAAGAACAAACCUCCUCCUGGGGUGAUCCCUCACAAGAUUGGGCGGGUUAUAGACGGGAGCCCAGCUGACCAGUGCGGGAGGCUGAAGGUGGGUGACCGCAUCUCGGCGGUGAACGGGCAGUCCAUCGUGGAGCUCUCCCACGACAGCAUCGUGCAGCUCAUCAAGGACGCAGGCAACCUGGUGACUCUGACUGUCGUGGCUGAGGAGGAACACCGUGGUCCUCCGUCAGGAACAAACUCGGCCAGGCAAAGCCCGGCUCCGCAGCACCGACCGCUGGGAUCGGCACAGCCCAACCCCGCGGGCACAGACAGGGGAGCCAUGGAAGGGGAAGCUGGAAAAGACAUUUCAAAUCCUUACCGGCUUUCCUGGCCCGAGCACAAGCACGUGGCGCAGCCCGAGGCUGGCAUGGCUGCCGUCCCUGGGGGCCGUCCCUGCCAGAAUCCUGGCUGUUUCCCAGUAGAAUUGGAAAGGGGCCCUCGAGGAUUUGGAUUUAGCCUUCGAGGAGGAAAGGAGUACAACAUGGGUUUGUUCAUCCUUCGACUUGCUGAAGAUGGACCAGCUGUCAAAGAUGGGAGAGUACAUGUUGGCGACCAAAUUGUUGAAAUUAAUGGAGAACCCACCCAAGGAAUCACUCACACACGAGCCAUCGAGCUGAUUCAGGCUGGAGGGAAUAAAGUUUUGCUGCUGCUGAGACCAGGGACUGGCUUGAUCCCAGAUCACAGUGAUUGGGAGAGUUACAAUCCAUCUUCAUCAAAUGUAAUAUAUGAAGAACAGUCACCAUUAUCUUCAUCUUCACAUUCUGCUUCCCCAUCUGAGGUGUGUCAUCUACCAGGAGAAGCUUUAAUGAGAGUUCAGCUGCCUGAGAAACUGGAACAAGCAAAGAACACUGUGCCUGAACAGAUAAGCACUUUACCUGAACACCAGUUGGAGAUGAAGCCUCACUCCUCUCCCCAGAGAACAAAGAACAGAUGGGAAUGUCCCUCCAGUCCUGGGUUUGAAAUCACAAAAGGUAGUUGGGAAGUAGGGACCAGAGGAGACAGAUCUGCAAGUCCAGAAAAGUUAGGGGCUGCUGAGGGACCCACUCCCAUGGGAUUCCAAAGCCCCAGAAAAGGGGAUCCUGAGAAAACCUACAGCCAUCUCUCACAUAAAUCUGAGAGUUCAAGAAAGAGUGAGAGUAAAACCACAGAAACAGGAAUGAACAAUAAGAACAAAAAAGAGUAUUCCAGUGGAAAUCAAGGAAGGUCUGCCAGUCCCCAGCAGCAACUCAGCAAGCAAGGAACUGCUGAAAUGGUAGGCAGGGUACAGGAAUAUAAAGAUGGAACAACUGGUGGUGAUAAAAUGACUGUUGAGAGAUUGAGAGGUGGAAAUGGUAAAACAGGAGUCACCAGGAAACACACAAAGCAGAAAACCUCUGGAAAGAUGGAAGUGUGGUCUCCAGAGCAACAAUCUGCAGCAUUUGAUGAGAAUAAUCUUCCAUUCAGUGACUCUAGGAGAAACACCUCUGAGGACAAAAAAACAAAGAAAUCAGACCCUGGAGAGCCAAGUUCCAGCAGAUUCAAAGCUUCCAGUCUUUCCAAUAUUCCACUGCUUUCCAUGGAGAAGCAGAGGAGGCUCGAGACACAGGACCCUGCUACGCUGAACAGACAACACAGGGAGAGACACAUGGAGCUGCCUAAUGAAACCAAAGAUGACAGAAUUCCCAGAUCCCAGAGUAGUUCUCCAGUCAAGAAAACACCAAUAACUCCUGGACCAUGGAGGGUUCCAAGCACGUGUAAUGUCACCCAAACAGCAGGAGUGGCUGAAAAACGGGUUUGACUGACACUUUUUUUUAGAACAUGUUUUAAUCAAGUUUCUAAUAAUGGUCAUUUAAAAGCAUUCUUUUCAUGAAGUUGUCAUUUUUUUCCAGGAACUAGUUAAGAGGGCGGAAAGUACUUGAUUAAUUCUUAAAUUAUCUAAGCUGCAUGAAGGACCUUUUGGAUUUUGCUUAAUUGAGACUCUGCCAUGAGCUGCUGUCCCCUCGUCCCUGGGCAGGUGGUUCUGCUGCUCAACAUUGUGCUGCUGUGGCUUCUCAGACAGUGUUGUGAGUUUCUGAACAAAUUAUUUAAUGCCUCUAUUGCCAAUGUGAUCAUGACUCACCUCCUGUUCUUGUGCCAAGUCAUCUACUGUAUCCAGUCAAUCUAACCCUCCUCAUAUGUAUUCCAGUCACAGAAAAGACAAGGUUUGGUUUGAAAAGGGUGUUUUCUCAGGAGCGUGGUGUGUGUUUGCAAAAGUAAAAGCACCUUCUCACUGGUGCAGUAAGAAAACGAGUGAGUUGGUUCCAUCAGUUUUAGGGCAGCAAAUGAGCCAUUGAUGCUGUUCAAUUGAUGGUUUUCCUUAAAUUUUUAUACCUAAUGCAAAAUCAUGUAGAUAAAAAAUACAUUUGACAUAAUAUUUUGUAAUUUUGCUUUUUAUGAACACAGCAAAAUUCCUUUAUUGAUUCAUAAGGAUGUAACAGCUGUUGGCAACAUCCAUCUGAAAAGAGAGAAUUCUGGGCUCUGUUAAAUGAGGCAAUUCCCCUGGUCUUUGUCUCACCCUUAGUGGUUCUUUGCACACAACAGCAACGAGAGCAUGUUUAUUUUCAGGCUCGUGAUGCUGUAUGCUGAAAUCCCAUCUUCAGUUAUUUAAUGCUAGUUGGGAAUCAGGUUUUUCUCCUCUGUGGAGGAAACAACUGGACCUUUAGGACUGAACCAGUUGCUACUGCAGCUUCUGCAGGGAAGUUCAUGCCUGUGUGUACUGAAUCUCCCACGUGCUACUUGGAAUGUGUGUAUUCUCAGAGUUCUAAGGAGGAUAUUGUACAGGGUACAUGAGACUUAAUAUCUGUGGUUUGGGCUAGAAUAUGUGUUUUAACAAGAGGAAUGUUAUGACCUGAAUCUGUUCCCACACCAGUCCUACAGCUGUAAGAGCAACAGACUGCAUAAAUUGAGGGCUUUUAUUUUAUUCUAGUGAUGAUUUCCUGCCCUGUCAGGUUUUUAAAGAUGGCAAAAACAUGGUAAAAUGAUCCCAUUGGUCCAGUUUGCAGGGGAAGGAAGUGCAAAAGAUAAAGCUUUACUUUUAAUCAUGAUAAAAUUCAAACUAAUACUUUGCUAUUUGAAAGCGAAUGACUGAAUAUCUCAUUUCGGCUUUGAAACAUGUAAUGUUUUUAAAGCUUAACGAAGGACAUGAAUCAGUCCUGAGCUGAAUUCUUUAGCAGUACAGAUGACUACUCAAAGAGCUUUUUAAACAAAGACUUUGAAAAUUAAAUAGGCUUUAAAGCUGUUUCAAACUGUGCUCUGCUGCUUGACAUUGGAUGAUCCAUUGAGAUUUGCUGUGUAGCAUAAUAUGUCCAGAUGCUCCCUGUGUGGAGCAGGACUGUGAAGAUGUUUAAUACUUUGAAGUAGCCAAUGUAGAUAUUACCCGUGUAUUCUUAACAAGAUGAUGUUUUAUGUUGAGUUGUAUGCACUUGCCCUAUCCACUGCCUACAGUAACCAAUUCAGACAUUAAAUACAAAGAUGAAUUAGUACCACUGACAUUUCCCUGUCAUCAACUACCCCUCUAUUUUUCUAUAUGAUAAUGUGACCUGAUUUAGUGUCUUACCUGUGUGUGAUUUCUCCUUCCAUAGGACUUGUAUCUGUACUUGCUGUAUCAGAUGACUUAGCAAUGUGGCCUUGGAAUGCUAAGCAAUGUAUGGAUGUACUGGGUGUAAAUGUUUAUAUAUUGUACAGCACCUUUAUACAUACUUCUGGGGUUCUGACUAGAGAGAGACUGUAAAUCGCUCAUUAUUUUUUAUAUAGAUAUUAAAAAGAAACUCCAGUUCAUGGCCUGUUGGUUCUGCACUGUAUAAAAUAGAUUCUUUGUUGACUUUCA